AUGGCUUCCUGUUUGGCCAGAAGCUCACAGCCUCCAUGUCUCUCUCUCCUCCAUGACGUUGUCUACAAGGGCCUCGGCCUGAACUGGGAGCAGAUCCGGCCUCGAUUCAACAGACAUGGACCUCUUCCUCCGGUUGAUACGGCAUCCCAAGUUUUACGGUAUGUCACCAACCCGCCUCCCCGGGCACACGGCACCCCCUCUCACACCACUAUCCAUCUCGCUAACCCCAACCCAGGCGCCUCCGUGACCAUGCCACACAAGGUGGCCAUCAUCCCCCACCUAGACGAGCUCACCGAAGAGUGCCGGGACGUCGGAGCCUGCAACACGCUCUUCCUUCGCCCACGGCGCGACGGAAGCCGCAGCGGGCGGCCGCUACUCUGCGGGGCCAACACGGACGUAAUCGGGAUCCGGGAGUCGUUCGUGCAAAAUAUCUCCGACUGCGCUCUCUACGCGGGCUGGCCGGCGAUGGUCGUUGGCGGCGGCGGCGCGGCGCGGUCGGCCGUCUACGCGCUGCACAAGUGGCUGGGGGCGACCUGCAUCUACGUCGUUAGCCGCGACGAGCGCGAAAUCGCCGCCGUGGUGGCCGAGUGCACCCAGCGCGCGUACGGGGCCCGGCUCGUGCAUGUUGAGAGUGUGGAGCAGGCGGAGGAGCUUGAGGCGCCGGGCGCGAUUGUCGCGUGUAUUCCGGAUUUUCCGCCCGUGACCGAGGGCGAGAAGACGCUGCGCAGGAUUACGGAGGUGAUGUUGCGCAAGGAGAGGAAGGGCGCGAUUUUGGAGAUGUGCUAUAACCCCUCGCCGUACACGGCGCUUGGUGCGUUGGCGGAGUCGACGGGGUGGCAGGUUAUCCUGGGCACUGAGGCGCUGAUAUGGCAGGGGAUUGAACAGGACAAGUACUGGACUGGUAGGAGUACGAGUGAGCUCCCCGUUGCCCAGGUCAAGAAGGUGAUUGCUUCGAAGUUAGCUGAGAUCUCUAAGAUUUGA